AUGAUACCUACACUUAUUUCCAGGAUGCGCAGCGCUGUUGUUGUAGCCCUCCUGGUGGUGAUGACUCUGAGCCUCCAGGAGACAGAGGCUGAGGGGAGCCUUCAGCUCCUCGAACGGGAGUUGGUGUCCGAGUUGGCGGCGCAGAUCCUGCGCGUGGCUCAGGGACCCUCGGCCUUCGUCGCGGGACCUCACAAGCGCAACUCGGAGCUGAUCAACUCCCUCCUGGGGAUCCCCAAGGUCAUGACCGACGCCGGGAGGAGAUAAAUAACAUAGAUGAGUGUGCUGUUAGAGUAAACAAGAAGCUAGUUUGAUUUUCUAGACUAAUAUCAAUUACAGAAAUCGAAAUGAAAAUUAUCAGUUCACUCUCCUACAUCAGAUAUCAUGUACUGUAUAUCCAGUAAGAUUAAAGACGUGGAGAGGUUAAUGUUCACCAUCGAAAAUUUGUUUUUAACCUUCAGAACAUGAUUAAGCCUAUUUACCUGCCGUGUAUUAAGCCUUCUCGGAAACACAAUAUAACUUGAUAAAUGUUC